CAUGUCGGGUUUGUCACAGGGGGACCGAGGCUGUCUCCACUUUAAAUCACACGCGGCUCCAGCGAACCUUCACUUUCUGCAUCCUCUUCUUCCUCCUCUCUUGUCGCUCCUCUCUCUGUAUUUGUAGCACCUCAGCGCCAUCCAUUUCCCCCCUUCUGACUGACACCCAACAAACCCAUCACCAUGGAGGCCAUCAAAAAGAAGAUGCAGAUGCUCAAGUUGGACAAGGAGAACGCCUUGGACCGAGCCGAGCAGGCCGAGACUGACCAGAAGUCAGCGGAGGAGAAAUGCAAACUGCUGGAGGACGACCUGCUGGCUCUGCAGAAGAAGCUGAAAGGAACAGAAGAUGAGCUGGACAAAUACUCGGAGGCUCUGAAGGAGGCUCAAGAGAAACUGGAGCUGUCGGAAAAGGCGGCCGCCGACGCGGAAGGCGAUGUGGCGUCCCUCAACCGCAGGAUCCAGCUGGUGGAGGAGGAGCUGGACCGGGCUCAGGAGAGACUGGCCACGGCCCUGCAGAAGCUGGAGGAGGCCGAGAAGGCGGCGGACGAGAGCGAAAGAGGCAUGAAAGUGGUGGAGAACAGAGCUAUGAAGGAUGAGGAGAAGAUGGAGAUCCAAGAGCUGCAGCUCAAGGAGGCCAAACACAUCGCAGAGGAGGCCGACCGCAAAUAUGAGGAGGUAGCCCGUAAGAUGGUGAUCCUCGAGAGCGACCUGGAGAGAGCGGAGGAAAGGGCGGAGGUUGCAGAAGUCAAGUGUACUGAUCUGGAGGAAGAACUGAAGAAUGUCACCAACAACCUGAAGUCCCUCGAGGCCCAGUCUGACAAGUACUCUGAGAAAGAAGAUAAAUAUGAGGAGGAGAUCAAGGUCCUGAGUGACAGACUGAAGGAGGCGGAGACCCGUGCGGAAUUUGCGGAAAGGACAGUGGCCAAACUGGAAAAGUCCAUAGAUGACUUGGAAGAUGAAGUGUACAAUCAGAAGCUGAGUUACAAGGCUAUCAGCGAGGAGCUGGACCAUGCCCUCAAUGAUAUGAACACCUUGUAAAAAAAAAAAAAAAAAAAAAAAGGCCACCUCAGGCCAUAA